AUGAGCGGGGGCCGCUUGACUGUGGCCUUCCCCGUGGUCAGUAGUCCGCCCGCCGACUGUGUCGUCCUGGUGCCAUCCUGCAAGUGCCCCCGAAAGCCGGGCACAGACCGGGCACAGCUGCACUGCGAAACAGCUGUCCGCAGUGACACGCACGCAGUACGCCGGGCACUCUGGGCCGUUCACAUCUGGCGGGGUACUCACGGAGUGCCGGCUGUGUGCCAGGACCGGGUAUCAGGCGUGGGAGAUGUAGACGUGAGGCCAGGAGAGAAGAAACUCACCAAGGUCCCUGUGUACCCACCUCUGGCCACGCCCCCAGGGGAGUCUGGGUGCUGUGGUUCCCAGCUGGGCACAUCGUCGUCGAAUAAUCUUCUGUGUAUCUACAAAAAAUCUUGGCUCCCGCGCUGCUGCCUGGGGUCGGGCGAGAGCGAUCCCAGGGCCCGUUCGCCUGCCCGCAGUUCGCCCAAGACUCGGGGCCGAGAGGAAGCGCUAGAGCCCAGAGUUCGCCCCGCGCCGCCUGGAGGACGCAUCUGCCCGGCCCGGCGACCGCCGCUCGCGCCCACCGCCCCGGAGCCGCUGCAGGACGUCCCCCUGGGCCUGGCCCCGCCCGGCCGCGGCCGCGCUCGCCUGGCCCUCCUCUCGGGCCAUUACAUUUACUACCAUUACGGCUGCGACGGCGUGGACGACCCGGGCUGGGGCCGCGUCUACCGCACUCUGCAAACGCUGUGCUCGUGGCCAGAGGGCCGGCCGGCGGGCGUACCCGAACUGGCUGCAGUGCAGGCGGCCCUGGAGGACACGGGCGACAAGCCCCCCGGGCUCCGGGGCGCUCGGGGAUGGAUCGGCUGUGUAGAGGCCAGCCUCUGCCUUGACCACUUAGGGGGACCUCCAAGGGCGCCCAUGUCACGUGCCCCGUGGAGCAGGGCUUCAGGGGGAACUGGAGAGGCUCUAUUCCCACUUGGCAGGGGCUGGGGGGGACUGUAAGGGUUGGAGGGGACGCGGAUGCCCAGUCAAAGGCCUUGCUGGGAGUGUGCCUGGGGCCAGGCACGGAAGUCUACGUCCUGGUAUUGGACCCUCACUGCUGGGGUGAUCCGAAAAACCCCAGUGAACUACAGGCUGCUGGGUGGGUGGGCUGGCGAGAGGUAAGCUCAGCCUUUGACUCCAACUCCUUCUACAACCUGUGCUUGACCAGCUGUAACUCGGAAAAGCAGCUGCCCACCCUGGACUGAGGCUAAGGACCCAGAACUGAGCCGGCUCUAGAGCUGUAUCCGUUGAGCUACCCCAUCUCAAAGGCAGAGGCUGCCUGAAGUCAGACCCCCAAGAAGUCCCAGCAGAGCCUGGGAUCUUUGGUGUCAAUAAAGUGGCAAGGCCCAGC